AUGGUCAAUUUGUAUACACGAAAAAGUGAAGAACUACUUGCAAGUGAACUACUCAAUCAAUUGAAUAUAUCAAAUAAUAUGCAUAUUGUUUCCAGUUCAUCUGGAGCUGAUGUUGCUUUUGAAAUAGCUAUAGCUCGACCUGAUCUUAUUCAAUCCAUUAUUUUUGUUGCUCGUUAUAAUCUUAUAAAUGUUCAACAUUCCUUUGGUUUAACUCAUUUUCUUUCAUUUAAAAAUUCUUAUUUUAAUGAAAAUAUUGCAAGAGACGACGGAACUCGUGAAAGUUAUCUUAAACCAAUUCGUGAUGAUCCACUGUUUUUGAAUAGUUUUGUUCUCUUUACGCAAAACUAUGUUCCAUCGUCAACAAUCAACGAAUGGUAUAAGCUUAGUAAUAAACUAAAAAUAUUGAUUAUUAUUGGCGAACACGAUAAAAAUAGUAUCAAAAGAAAAUAUUCAAGAAUUCUAUAA